AUGGCGUCAAAUGGCUUCCCACAACCUCACCGCACCCCGUACCAGGACGACUUCCUCGAGCACAACUCGGACCGCGAGCUACACGUCCGGGCGCUCCUCGAUCUCCAGCGGCAAUACCGCGUCUUCAAGCAGGACCUCGAGGACGGCAAGCGGCAGCUGGAUCGGCAGCACUACGACCAGUGCCACUACCUAUUCCAACAACGCAAGCACAUUAUCGGCGGAGAGGGCAGGCUCGUUUACCGCGACAGUGACGGGCGCACAGUCUUGCAGCUCUACCGCGGCCCGCACAGGGUCCAGCCAAGUCUCGAGCGAAUCCGAGGAGAGGAGAAGGGAAUUCCGGGGUUCUGGCUGCAGGCGAUGAAGAACAACCCCGAGGUGGCGCAGUGGGUGACAGCGCGCGACGAGCAGGCGCUCAAGUACCUGAGAAACAUUAGCGUCAAGCCCAUCAGAGGGGACGACGCCGGGCCCGUCGCGUCCGCCUUCAGGCUCGUCUUCGAGUUUGACAGCAACCCGAUCUUCCGGAACAGUAGCCUGACAAAGGACUUCUACUACCGACGCAAGAGCGUCGAUGACAACAUCCAUGUCGGGCUCGCCUACGACGACGCUCCCGGGUGCAGCAUCGACUGGAAUACCGGAAUGGACCUGACCAUGGCUCCGGCGAAUGAUCCGUACAAUGUCCGCUGCGAGUCGUUUUUUGGCCUUUUCAACGACACCAGUUGCAAGGGCAAAUACGGCGACAGCGAUGAGGAAUCAGACGAGGAGGAGGGCGACGACGACGACAGCGAUGAGGAAUCAGAUGACGAGGAAUCAGAUGACGACGACAGCGAUGAGGAAUCAGAUGACGAGGACUCCGAUGAUGACGAAUCAGACGAGGAGGGCGACGACGACGACGACGACGACGACGACGACGACGACGGCAGCAAUGACAGCAGCGUUGAAGGACUCGGCCGUUGCUACACCCCUGACUACUCUAAUGGCUCCGAGGACGUCGACAUCGAGACACGUCCCGCCUAUGUGUGCGACUUCGAGCUAGGCGAGGAGAUCAGGGACAGACUAAUCCCGAACGCCAUCGACUGCGAGGAAGAGGACGAGGACGAGAGUGACGAAGAGGACGAGGACGAGGACGACGACGAUGACACCGCCUGGGAACCUUAUGAUUAG